AUGUUCAUCGCGCGAUCGGAAUAUGACCGUGGAAUCAACACCUUCUCCCCGGAGGGGCGUUUGUUCCAAGUCGAAUACUCUCUGGAAGCUAUCAAACUGGGCUCAACAGCGAUCGGUGUCGCAACAUCAGAAGGUGUCAUCCUAGGUGUUGAGAAGCGUGUCACAUCCACCCUCCUCGAGGCUUCUUCUGUCGAAAAGAUUGUCGAGAUCGACCAGCACAUCGGCUGUGCCAUGUCUGGCCUGCAGGCCGAUGCCCGCAACCUUGUCGAGCACGCCCGUGUCGAAUGCCAGAACCACGCCUUCCACUACGCCGAGCCGCUGAGAGUCGAGAGCUGCACCCAGGCCAUCUGUGACCUGGCCCUGCGAUUCGGAGAGACCGGUGAUGACGAGGAAAGUGUCAUGAGUCGACCUUUCGGUGUUGCCUUGUUAAUUGCGGGCUUUGACGAGGAUGGCCCUCAACUAUAUCACGCCGAGCCGUCCGGUACGUUCUACCGAUACGAUGCGAAGGCCAUUGGAUCUGGAAGCGAGGGUGCGCAGGCCGAGUUGCAGAAUGAAUACCACCGCUCUUUGACGCUCAACGAGGCGGAAACCCUGGUCCUGAAGACGCUGAAGCAGGUCAUGGAGGAGAAGCUCGAUGCGAAGAAUGUGCAGCUGGCCAGUGUGACCAAGGAGAAGGGCUUCCGCAUCUACAACGACGAAGAAAUGGGCAGCGCUGUUGCGCGGUUGGGCGAAAACCAAUAA